AAUUUUAUCCGAUUUUCCCAUUAAUUAGUACUAGACAAAAUUAAUAGGCAGACGCCACAAUUAAUUUUCUAGAAAUGCUGUUUCCCCACUUCACUUACCUAAAUCCUUCAGAAAUUUUUGAUUCGCUAUAUAAUUUUACUGCUACUCCUACUCCUACUACCAAACCAUCUCCGUCCUCCCUUUUCCUCAAAUCUCAAUCCAUCAUAUCCUCAAAAACCCUAAAACUAAAAUUAAUUCGAUUCAUAUCGCUAAUGUUCAGAUCAAUUUACUCAACGAAUUGUUAGAUUAUUAAUCUCCUGAACAAGAGGGUCUCUGGGGUUGGGGGAAGGAGACGUCAUCUUUUACAGGGGGUCGGGGAGAGUGAUAGCCAGAGCGGUGGAGCUAGAGGGAGGAGGAGGGAGUUGAGGGAAAUGCCAAGCGUGGCCGUGAAAUUAUACAGUGUUUUCUUCAAGUUUAUGUUAAAGCAUCGGUUGCAGAACCGAACCCAAAUCCCCGUUGAUGACGCAAAUGCCGGAACUUCUUUCGGCGUUACGUCACGUCCUGAUGAGGAAUCUACUGCAGCUUCCAAUCCUCUUUUCACCGACGGCGUUGCCACCAAGGAUAUACAUAUAGAUCCUACCACCUCUGUUUCUAUCAGAAUAUUCCUUCCAGAGACCUCCCUUGGCUCUCCUGAUUCCGAUUUAAGGGCACAAUCUAAAUCUAGGGCUAAAGCUUCCAGACCCGAUUCUCUCACAGGAUCCGAUCUACGCAGAAGCAGCUAUGGUGCUGCUACGACUGAUAAUGUCACCGAAAAUCGCAAUAGAAAUAGUUUUAAUCAUAGGAGAAAUAGCUACGGAGGCAAUGUGGAUGAUCUCGCUUUGAAAUCUGAAAAUGGGGUUUAUAGAGGAUAUGCUCCCGCCGGUAAAAAUUGCAGGAAGUUGCCGGUGAUGUUACAAUUCCAUGGUGGGGGGUUUGUGAGUGGGAGCAAUGAUUCGGUUUCAAAUGAUUUUUUCUGUAGAAGAAUUGCAAAGCUUUGUGAUGUCAUUGUUUUGGCAGUUGGAUACAGGUUAUCACCUGAGAAUAGAUACCCAGCUGCAUUUGAGGAUGGGUUGAAAGCUCUGCAUUGGCUGGCGAAGCAGGCCAAUUUGGCUGAAUGCAGCAAGUCAUUGGGCAACAGACGUGGUGGAGCAGAUGUGAAAAAAUCUGAUUCCCACGGACACAUAGCGGAUGCCUUUGGAGCAUCAAUGGCAGAGCCUUGGUUGGCUGCCCAUGGAGAUCCGUCGAGGUGUGUUCUCCUUGGAGUGAGUUGUGGGGGAAACAUAGCUGAUUAUGUGGCCCGAAAGGCAGUAGAAGCAGGCAAUCUUUUGGACCCAGUCAAGGUGGUGGCACAGGUCUUGAUGUAUCCAUUUUUCAUUGGCAAUGUUCCAACUCAUUCUGAGAUAAAGCUAGCUAAUUCCUAUUUCUAUGACAAGGCAAUGUGCGUACUUGCCUGGAAAUUACUUUUACCUGAAGGAGAGUUUAACUUGGAUCACCCUGCUGCCAACCCACUUGUUGCUGGUAGAGGAGGACCUCCGUUAAAACGAAUGCCCCCAACAUUGACAAUUAUAGCAGAGCAUGACUGGAUGAAAGAUCGGGCUAUUGCUUAUUCAGAGGAACUCCGGAAAGUAAAUGUUGAUGCUCCUGUUCUUGAAUAUAAGGAUGCUGUUCACGAGUUUGCAACUCUUGACAUGCUUCUCAAGACCCCUCAGGCUCAGGCUUGUGCUGAGGAUAUUGCCAUCUGGGUAAAGAAGCACAUUUCACUCCGAGGUCAUGAGUUUUCAUAUUGAUUUGGAUAGAGGUCUUGUACAGCAGCAUCUCUGUGACAAAUGCUACUCUCGAUUUAAGGUUUAGCAUUUAUGCCUUAUAUAAGUUUCACGGCACAUUCUUUUUUCCCUUGGGAUGUUUCUUUUGUAAUAUAGAUGUGAUUUGCAGAAAAAUAGGGGUUAGCUGAGUUUUGACUUUUGAACCACACAUUCCUUCAAUUUGAGUUAAAAGCAUUUACGUGGUAUCCUUGUAAACAUUUUCCCUGUAUCAAGAGAUUUCUUUCAUUAGCAGAUAAUGGAAGAGAUGUAUCCUGCGCUUAGUGUUUCGCUUUAUAUUUGAUGGUUGGAUUUCAGCA